CACAUUCAUCAUGUUGGGGCCCACGGAACGUAGUGACAUCACUUCAUUAGCUAAUCCGCGUCCGAAUUUGUGACGGGCAUCUCUGUGGCCCCACAUAACUACAACUACGGUAACUUCGUUUGCCCGCUUCCAAAACAACGGAAGGUUAUUCACGACAAGAAGUUACUUCCGAGGGCAUUAUCGUAAAUACUCAAAGCAGCUCCCCCGUCAAUCCCUUCUCUUCCUUCUCUUCCCCAUCUCAGGCUGCAAUCUAGUCUCCGCCGUUACGACAUAAAACUCCAAAACGAAAUCCGAUACGAAAAAUCGAUACUUUUUUCCAUGGUUUUGCUGAGAUGCGGUCGAAAACCUUCAACUCUUUCCUUCUUUUUCCGCACAUUUUCUACUUCUGCCCUUCCCAUCUUCCAAAACCCCGAGAAGGACCUCUUUCUCUGCAACUCCACGAUCAUGCAACUCGCCCGACUCGGUCGAGUCGACGACGCCCGCAAGGUGUUCGAAGAAAUGCCCCAACGGGAUUCCGUCACUUGGAAUUCGAUGGUCACCGGGUAUUCACAGAACCGGCGGGUCGAUGACGCUCGGGCGCUGUUUGAUGCGUUUCAAGGGAAGAAUGUGAGGACGUGGACGGCUGUGCUUACCGGGUAUGCUCGGAAUGGGAGGAUUGGUGAAGCCCGCAGGUUGUUUGACGAAAUGCCGGAGCGGAAUGUCAUUUCUUGGAAUGCAAUGAUCAGCGGGUAUGUCCAAAACGGUGAUGUUGAUUCCGCUCGGCGGUUGUUCGACGAAAUGCCUGAAAGAAAUGUGGCAUCAUGGAAUUCGAUCAUUACAGGCUACUGCCACUGCCAUCGGAUGGUGGAAGGUCGUACUCUUUUUAAUCAGAUGCCCGUGAGGGAUUUAGUUUCUUGGACGGUUAUGAUUUCUGGGUACGUCCGGAUUGGUGAGUAUGCAGAAGCAUGGAGACUUUUCUGGAAUAUGCGCCGUGUUGGUGUGGUGCCGGACCAGUCAAACUUUGCUGCUACGCUUUCAGCUGUCACGAAUCUGAACGAACUUGGAUUGAUUGUGAACUUGCACACGCUGGCUAUCAAGACUGGUUUUGACAGAGAUGUGGUUGUGGGAACUGCAAUCUUAAAUGGUUAUACGAGGAAUGCUGAACUGGGUUUGGCAAUCCAAUUCUUCGAGGCAAUGCCUGAACGGAAUGAGUAUUCGUGGACCACAAUUAUCACUGCCUUCUCUCAGAGUGGCAGGUUGGAUGACGCUGUCAUGUUGUACGAGCGUGUCCCUGAGCAGACGGUUGCAUCUCGGACGGCAAUGAUGACAGCUUAUGCUCAGCAUGGGAGAAUCCAUGAAGCACGCCUCCUAUUCGAACAGAUUCCGCAUCCAAACACAGUCACCUGGAAUGCCAUGCUUUCUGGGUAUGCCCAGAAUGGUAUGAUUGAAGAAGCAGACGAGAUCUUCCGGAGGAUGCCAAUACGGAAUGAUAUUUCUCUGGCUGCAAUGAUUUCUGGGUGUGCACAGAAUGGGAGGAGUGAGGAAGCUUUGGAGCUGCUCUCUGAGCUCCAUCGAUCAGGAUCGGUGCCAAGUCAUUCCUGUUUUACGAGUGCACUAUCCGCCUGUGCUAACAUUGGAGCACUUGAAAUCGGUAGGCAGAUUCAUGCGCUUGCUGCCAAAACAGGUUCUCAGUUCAAUUCAUAUGUAGGAAAUGGUUUGAUUACAAUGUAUGCUCGGUGCAAGAACGUGGAAGAUGUUUCUCAGGUUUUUAGUACAAUGAGAACGAAGGACAUCGUAUCGUGGAACUCUCUAAUUGCAGGGCUGUCCCAAAAUCAUAUGUUGGAUGAUGCUCGUACUACUUUUGAGAAGAUGCCCGAUCGCGAUGUCGUGUCUUGGACAGCCAUGAUAUCUGCUUAUGUGCAGGCAGGCCAUGGUGUUGAGGCCAUGGAAGUUUUUGCUGGCAUGUUGUGUAGUGGGACGAAGCCAAACACAUCGACAGUGACUAGCAUUCUCAGUGCUUGUGCGAGCUUGGGUGCUACCAAGCUCGGCAAACAGAUCCACUGCUUGAUUUUUAAGCUUGGGCUUGAAGCAGAUAUUUUUGUGGGUAAUGCUCUCAUAUCCAUGUACUUCAAGUGCGGGUGUGCCGAUGCCAUUUGGGUCUUCAAUGAGAUGCCUGAGCGUGACGUAGUCACGUGGAAUUCGGUCCUAGAUGGCUGUGCACAUCACGGGUUCGGAAAGGAAGCUGUGGAGAUUUUUGAGCAAAUGAAGGCCGAGGGCGUCUUGCCCAAUCAGGUGAGCUUUGUGGGGCUCUUGUGUGCUUGUAGCCAUGCCGGCCUCAUUGAUGAAGGGUGGCAUUACUUUAAUUCGAUGAGCAGAGAUUAUGGGCUCAUGCCAUUGGAGGCUCAUUAUGCUUGCAUGGUUGACCUUCUUGGGCGGGCUGGGCACUUGUAUGAAGCCGAAGCGCUUAUUGAGAACAUGCCUAUCGAACCAGAUUCAGUAGUGUGGGGAGCCUUGCUCGGCGCCUGUAAAAUCCAUCAGAACAUUGAGCUGGGUAGGAGAGUCGCAGAAAAGCUGUUUGCGUUGGAGCCACAGAACUCUGGUACCUACAUCUUGCUAUCGAACAUCUAUGCGUCCCUUGGGUUGUGGAAUGAAGUAGGUGAAGUGAGGAAGGUGAUGAAAGAUCGGGGUGUUACCAAAGAACCCGGCUUUAGCUGGAUACAGAUUAAAAACAAGGUGCACUGUUUUGUAACGGGGGAUAAGAACCACGAGCAAACUGAAGAGAUAUUCUUGACGUUGAAGGAGUUGUAUGGACGGCUAAAAGCAGUGGGUUAUGUUCCUGACACAAACUUCGUUCUUCAUGAUGUGGAAGAGGAACAGAAGGAGAACGCACUCCUCUACCACAGCGAGAAACUUGCUAUCGCUUAUGGUCUUUUGAACACGCCAUCCGGCACACCCAUCCAGAUUAUGAAGAAUCUCCGCAUUUGCGGAGAUUGUCAUACCUUUGCCAAGUAUGUGUCUGGGGUGACAGAGAGAGAGAUUGACAUUAGGGAUGGGAAGAGAUUCCACCAUUUUCGAUGCGGGUCAUGUUCUUGUGGAGAUUAUUGGUGAUGUUGCAUUUGUGUAUUCAAUGGAUGGGAAGGAAACCUUGCUGCCGAAGGAGUUGAAGGUCUAGAGAAUUCAUCCUAGCCGCCUCAUGUCAGUUCCUGCCAAUACCUCCAAACCUCCCCACUAACUUGAAAACCCUAUAUGAAGCUCUCCAAUCCCUUUUAGAAGCUUCUAGAACCUUCAAAGGCUGCUCCCAUAUCACCUCUAUAAAAUCCCUCCUUCCAUCUCUCCUCUCUCGCUCUUAAAAUCCUGAGGAACUUCUGCGCCAGAGAGAUCUUGAACCAGACCUC